ACAGGAGGAGGAAGAGGAGGAGGAGGAGGAGGAAACCUGCAGCUGCCUGUGAGAGACUCUGUCGUGUCGCGAAUCACACCAGUUUGGACAGACACGGUGAGAAAGGAGCUCAGCCGCAUAAACACACGCCUCUUGUGAAGAAAACCCGACAGCUCCUCGCAAAAGAGCCACGAACAGGACAGAAAAAUGCCGAAAGCGGUCAAUGUUCGCGUCACCACCAUGGACGCUGAGCUGGAGUUUGCCAUCCAGCCCAGCACCACCGGCAAACAGCUGUUUGACCAGGUGGUGAAAACCGUUGGCUUACGUGAGAUCUGGUAUUUCGGACUACAGUAUAUGGAUGGCAAAGGUUACUACACUUGGUUGAAACUGGACAAAAAGGUGUCAUCACAGGACGUGAAGAAAGAGAACCCGCUUCAGUUCAAGUUUCGGUCCAAGUUCUUCCCAGAGGACGUGUCGGAGGAGCUGAUCCAGGACAUCACCCAGAAGCUCUUCUUCCUGCAGGUGAAGGAGAGCAUCCUCAGCGACGAGGUCUACUGCCCGCCAGAGACGGCCGUGCUGCUGGCCUCCUACUCCGUUCAGGCCAAGUUUGGAGACUAUGACAAAGAAGUUCACCGGCCAGGAUAUCUGGUUUCUGAACGCAUGCUCCCACACAGAGUCCUGGAGCAGCACAAGUUAUCCAGAGAACAGUGGGAGGAGAGGAUCCAGGUGUGGCACGAGGAGCACGGUGGCAUGCUGAAGGAGGACGCCAUGCUGGAGUACCUGAAGAUCGCCCAGGACCUCGAAAUGUACGGAGUCAACUACUUUGAUAUUAAGAAUAAGAAGGGAACAGAGCUGUGGCUGGGAGUGGACGCCCUGGGACUCAACAUUUAUGAGAAAGACGACAAAUUGACGCCAAAGAUCGGCUUCCCCUGGAGUGAGAUCAGAAACAUUUCCUUCAACGAUAAGAAAUUCAUCAUCAAGCCCAUUGACAAGAAAUCACCUGACUUUGUGUUUUAUGCCCCAAGACUGCGCAUAAACAAGCGCAUCCUGCAGCUGUGCAUGGGCAACCACGAGCUGUACAUGCGUCGCCGCAAGCCGGACACGAUCGAGGUGCAGCAGAUGAAGGCUCAGGCCAGAGAGGAGAAGCAGCAGAAACAGAUGGAGAGGGCCCAGCUGGAGAACGAGAAGAAGAAAAGAGAGGCCAUCGAGCAAGAGAAGGAGCAGAUGGAGCGAGAGAAGCAGGAUCUGAUGAUGAGGCUCUACCAGUUUGAGGAGAAGACCAAGAGGGCAGAGAAAGAUCUGCAGGACCAGCGCCAAAGAGCCUCCAUGCUGGAGCAGGAGCGAAGGAGGGCCGAGGAGGAAGCCGCUCGCCUGGAGGCGGAGCGUCAGGCCGCCCUGCUGGCUAAAGAGGAGCUCGCCCGCCAAGCCGAAGACCAGAAGAAGAGUCAGGAACAGCUGGCGGCAGAGUUGGCAGAACACACAGCCAAGAUCUCCCUGCUGGAGGAGGCCAGGAGAUCCAAGGAGGAUGAGGCCAACCAAUGGCAGCUCAAGGCCCAAGAAGCUCAGGAUGACCUGGUGAAGACUAAAGAGGAGCUGCACAUGGUGAUGACAGCGCCUCCACCGCCCCCUCCUCCCCCCGCGUACGACCACAUGGACUACAACAGCGACAGCGAGGAGAACGUCAGCACGCACAGCGCCGACUUCCACAUCGAAGGCAUCAACGACCACCGCAUGGAGGAAGAUCGCCUGACCGAGGCCGAGAAGAACGAGCGUGUCCAGAAACAGCUGCGGGCGCUGACCUCAGAGCUGGCUCAGGCGCGUGAUGAGACCAAGAAUACCCAGAAUGACCUUCUUCACUCUGAGAACGUCCGGGCCGGCCGCGACAAAUACAAAACCCUGCGACAGAUCCGACAGGGCAACACCAAGCAGAGGAUCGACGAGUUUGAGGCCUUAUAAGAAGCCCCCGGCCCUCAGCUACACACCCCUUUCUGAACGGUUGACUACAUCUCGCUCUCCUCGGGGCUGACGCGCAUCGAUGCACAAAUCAGCACACAGACACACACACACACACGCCCACACUCACCAUAAGCACAGCAGAAGCACCAUGUACAGAGAUGUGAGCCUGUGUCGUAUGUCUGUCUGUCAGAAUGUGGGGCUUAGCAAAGACCUUGUCAGAAAACUUAGUGCCAAAACCUCCUCUCCUCUUUUGUGUUUAAUAUCUUAUUUGUGUAUUUGAUUGUGCAAUUUCAUGAGUUCUGACCAAAUCAUUGUUAUUUUUAUCCGGACAUCAUCAUGAUGAUGAAGUAGGGGGGGACUAGCCAAAUUUUAUUAUUAUUUCAUGAUGUGCACAUAGAAUGUAUGUAAUCCAAGCCUGGCUUCUUCUUCUUCUUUUUUUUUUUGAUGUCUGUCAUUUGUUGUGUAGGAAGAAAAGUAUCGUCUUUAUUUGCGACAAGGGGAGAAACAGUAUACGCAGAAAAAACGUUUGUUUUUGUUUUCCAUUAUAUUUGAACACUUCCAUAUAUGUUUAAUAUUGCUAUACAGUAGUUAAAAUCAAGUAUGAGAUAUAUAUAUAUAUAUAUAUAUAUAUAUACUGUAUAUGGGACAUUUAAAAAAGGGUAUUUUCAUCUUGGUUUGUAUAUUUUUUUCGCUAUCUACUAAUGAUCAAGACAUUUACUGUGUUUUAAAGGUUUUAUAUAUUGACCAAAGUAAUAGAAGUGUUCCAUACGUUUUGUUUUUUCCUUUAGGUCACUAAAUUAAAAAGAUUUAAUUAUAAAUUAUUAUUUUUUACUGUAGGAGAGAUCCAGCUGUAUGACAUGGAAUCAGAUAAGGAGAUCACCAUCUAUCCUUGGUACUUUUGAUUUUUAGUUCACAACAUGCUGAGGAGCGUCUGUCUUCAGAGUCCCAUGUUUGGACUGGGACACUUAGGUUUAAUAUAUUUUAUUUCUGUCUGUUCUGUGUUGUGUCAAGGACAGUGAGAGAUGAGCACAAGUUGUGUGCUUUUUCCCCUCCAAAGUGGCCUUUUUCCCUCUGGAUUAUAUUAAAAAAAUGUAAACCUUUCUUUUACAUGUGUGUGUUAUCCAGAAUGAAGAGUUUGUGUCACAAAUGACUUGCCCAGACGGUGAAACACCAACAUGUCACUCUCUUCUCUCUGGACAUGGACUAGAGUAGCAUCUACUUACACUGUAAUGGAAACACACAGCUCUGCUGGUCUUUGUAUAUUAACAGGAUUUUAUAAUGAGGUGUUCAACAUAUUGGCAAUAAAAAACAAAAUCUAUGAUUCCA